GCUCCCUCCCUCACAUCUAUUACCGCUAUUCGUGUUCCUACGAGGAUACCCCCCGCCCUUCUUUCCAUUGGCUGAGGGCUGUUGAUAUUAUUAAAUACCUGUGUCUUUCCGUCUUUUCCUGCGUUCGGCCCUGCGUGUCCGAGAUUCAUCCGUCGUUCCUCACUUACCGUAUCCUCUUUUAAUUGGAAAGGGAAGAAAAAAAAAAAAAACAACGAGAUAGAGAGAGCAAGGGCUCCUGUUGAUCUUUUCUGAUGUGCGUGCCCCGGCAGCAUCGACAAUGUGAGUCUAACUCAAGUUCUUGAAUUCCCGUUUUCUAGAUUUUUUUCCCGUUUCUUUAUCCACCCCUCUGUCUGUUGGUUGGUUCUCCCGCCGCCGCCUCCUACACCACCCCCCCCCCCCCCUUCCCCUUCAUCCCUAUCCCUCCAAUCCUACCAACAUAUUUGAUCACCGUUUCCGCCCGCUUGCAUCUCUUCCCUUUUCCGCUCUGCCCUUCACGCUUUGUUCUAUACUUAUCCUCCUCCUUCCUCUCUUCUUUUCUCUCCCUCCCUCCCUCCUCCUCCCCCUCUUCCCUCCGCUCCACCUUCCCUCCUCCCCCAACUUCUUUACUUCGGUGGCCAGGCAUACAUUCCUUUAAUAUUCCCUUAUCCCGAACGAGACUUUUUACUGGAGCUGUGCUCGUAGCGUCUCGCAAUUAUUAAAUCUUUCUAAUAAAUUCCCCCCGUCGACAGAAGCUAGCCCCUAGAACGGAAGCCCCCAAAACACGCUUGUCCCGGACCCUUUUCACGCUUAUCAUUAGUAAUAAUUCCUCACCACGCCCGGUGACCCUCCGCUGCUCCGCCGCCCUGAACGGCCGAAAAAAGGAUUUUUUUGCGUUGGAAGGGAACAAAAAGCAAAAAGAGGCAAGAAAAAGACACCAUGUCUUCCUCAUCCGUCAGCCAAUACAAACCCCCAUCCUACUCAGCCGUGGAUGGGAAUGGCUUAUCGCAGCACGGGGCACAACACCAGCAAGCCCAGCAAUCGUCGGAGCCAGAGGACUUUUAUCGACCCGAUUCCCAACCAAGAGUGAAUACGGUGAAUACCGAUCCAGCCCCCGACAUGGACCAUAUCUCUCCCAUAUCCCCGAGUUCCCCUGCGGACUCGCAGGCCCCCAUAAUGGCAUCUACGCGUGAACAACAACUCGAGGAUGCUGCGGUUGGCACUGCGAAGGAGUACCCUCCGUCGGCCCACCCUUCGAGGGAGCCAAAUCAUUUGUCGGUUCCUCCCCCUCACACGACUAGGGAGUACUCGGAGUACCCGAAUACCUCGCAGACGGUUUAUGCGCCCGUGGAUGGCUUCUCGACUUCGAUGGGUGCGGUGAACGGGGAGAUCGGUGCGGCUCCUGCGCCGACGCCCCGGACGCCGAGGACGGUGAUGGCGGAUGGUGGAUACGCUGUGCCGAUGACGCCUUUGACGCCCGCUUUGAAGACCCCGACGUUUAAGGAGGAAGCCGAGGUUUCCAAGUAUGACGAGAAGGUUCGGAAGUUUGAUAAGAGGGAUCUGGUCCGUUGCCCCCUUUUUCUCGAUCACGGGAUAUCACUUGGUGUGUCAACCGGAUACUGAUAAAUUUUAUAGGCGGUCAAACUGAAGGUUCGCUUGGCUAAGAUUUUCCUCCGAGGUAUCAACUGUGCCUGCAGUCUCGUCGUUCUCGCCCUUAUCGCUUCGACUUUUGCCAUCUUCAAUGCAACGAAAGCUCUGCCACCUCGCAACAAUCUCCCGCCUUGGGCUGCCAACACACCCCAAUGGCCGCAAAUCACCGUCCUGUGUAUAGCUUGCGUGUCGCUGCUAAUCUCGUUCUAUAUCAUGUUUGCUUACUGGCGGGGUGGCCACAAUCGGGCCGAGAAAGCUGCUGUGUACUGGACCGUCUUCGCCAUCGGAACCUUCGUCUUCACCAUCGUAAUUUGGGCCAUCGCAGCGGGCAUCAUGCAGGGCAGUCGUAACAGUUCCGAAGGGAAGGAUUUGUGGGGAUGGGCUUGCAAGGACAAUACCAGACGGAAGCUUUUCGAGGAUGAAGUUAACUAUCGUCUCGUUUGUCGUCAACAGGUGAUACCGCCCACCUCCUCGCCUCCGCCCUAAGAUGCUAACAGGAAACUAGGACUGGGUCCUCGUUUGUGCCAUCAUCGAAAUCUCGGUUGAGUUCAUCUCGAUCGCCAUCUACGCGUUCGCCUUUUACAGAAUAGCCUCCAAACGCCGCCUUCGUAAAUCCAUGGAUAUCCGCGAUAAGGCGCGCAACGACCUAUGGCUCGCCAAGCUCCGUGAUCAGCAAGCCGAGGAGGCCGCCGCCGCGACAAGGGACCCGGAGACGGAUGCAAACACCGCAUAUAACCAGUUGACCUCCACGACCUCACCCCAGGAGUUGGAAGAAGGCCGAGCAGUUCCAAUGCUCAUGAGGCCCCCCCCGGGGCACUACGCCACGGCCCCACAUAAGGCACCGGAGGCGACCGAAGAGGACGACGCGAAGGGUGCUAAUCCCAACCUUACUGUUACUCCUCCGGGUAGUUCAGGGGGGGCGCAAGAACUGGGCGUCGAACCUCCACUACGAAGUCCAGCAUUGGCACUCGGUGCGAUACCACCGACACCGCGAUCUGUGAGCUUCCAGGCGCUGCCACCUGGCUCAAGGGGAAGUAAAUAAACGAUGAUAUAAAAAAAGUUGAAUUUUUUUUCCCUUUGUUACGCGUUUGGAAUUUAUCAUGGCGGGAGGCAGCUCCUUCGGUGGAAACUGGGGUAGAGUUGUAGGUUCUCUUUGUCAACUUUUUCUUCAACCCCCCUUCUUUUCCUUCACCUUUCGAUUUCUUGACGUCAAUACAUUUGGUCCAGCCUUGUCUUUUUUUCUCUUUUUCUGUUUUAUUUUUCUCCUGUCUCGUUCUACAUCUUUGUUUCCUAUUUGGAUUAUCUCGGGAAGGUUUACUACCCCCCCCCCCUCUUCACGUUCUGAGCCCCGAGAUUUUGUUUUCAUUUUUUCUUCCUUUUCUAACGUUCGCGCUCUAUUCGGCCGGGGUCUCUAUCUGUAUUUUGCGGAACUCCAAAGACGAAAAACAACCGCAGAUUCUUUUUCCUACCUCCCCUCGGGAUGUUUAGAGUUUGUGCGUGCGUUAGGAUUGGCGUGGGUGGAAUUGGGGCGUGGAUGUAGGGCACGGUAACGUUCUUUUAUAUACCUGUAUUUUAAUACUCUCUUUUCGAUAUAUCAUGGCGGGGAAGGUAUGCGGGGAUGGGAUUUAUGGUUGAUCGGUUCGUGGGUAGCGGUAGGGAUGAGAUUGUACAAGUUAAGAAUUUAUGAGGAUUUUAAAUUGG